UGUUAUGACACGAUGCUGCGGCGAAGAAAGCGAACACUUGUUUCCCGAUGAUUUAUUUGAAGUUUUUCGUUUUAUUUAGGGGCUCUGGAAGGGUGCUUCGGCUUUAUAGAUGCAAAUCAUAUUGAAGGACUUAGAUGAAUGCAAAGAAGAGAUACACUUUGAUAUUUUUGAUCAGUGUGGUGUUCUGCAGUGCCUUCAUCAUUUCUAGGAAAUCAACCCGUGUUUGGCGUCGUUCUACGAGGAGAAAUUCACGGCCAAACGGAGCAAUCCAGGUACUUCAACAAAGGCUAUGUUUUUUAGACGAAGAAGAUGAGUUUAAGCUUCGCGAUAAGGUGGGAUUUCGGCAUGAACGUGCAGCAGCGACGAGAACGACAUGCACUAUGGAAACAUGUUUUGAUAGGACGAAAUGUUUAAAUGACUUCAAAGUUUACGUCUAUCCCACUCAACCUGGCGAGAAGAUUUCUCCUCUUUACGGGAAUAUUUUGAAAGUGUUGAAGGAGAGUAUUUUCUACACAGAUGAUCCGAAAAAGGCUUGUUUAUUUAUACCUUCUGUAGAUACACUCGAUCGCGAUAAUCUUAGCGAGGAUUACGUUCAUGAGUUACCUCGCAAAAUUGUAUCGUUGCCAUACUGGAAUGGAGGUACAAAUCAUAUUAUAUUUAGCCUUUUCUCCGGAACAUGGCCUGAUUACUCUGAAGACUUACGCUUAGAUACUGGGAAAGCAAUAGUAGCUAAGGCAUCGCUCUCAACAGAUUUUUAUAGACCAGGGUUUGAUGUCAGUUUUCCACUGUUCUUGAAAAGUCAUCCGCAGAAAGGGAACGCAAUUGAUUCUCCUUCAAACUGUCCGGUAUUUCCGCUUGAUAGGAAGUACAAACUUGCAUUCAAAGGGAAACGUUAUCUUAGCGGUAUAGGGAGCGAAUCAAGAAACUCAUUUUAUCACAUUCACAAUGGAAAAGACAUUGUGCUGUUAACAACGUGCAAACAUGGUAAGAAUUGGAAAAAAAUCAUGGAUGAACGAUGUGAAAAAGACAACGAGGAAUACGACAAAUAUGACUAUGAAGAACUUUUAAAAAAUGCAACAUUUUGUUUGGCUCCACGUGGUAGACGUCUUGGCUCCUAUCGAUUUUUGGAAUCUCUUCAAGCAGGCUGUAUUCCAGUUUUAUUGAGUAAUGGAUGGGAACUGCCAUUUUCUGAGGUUAUUGAUUGGAGCAAGGCAUUGAUUCAAGGGGAUGAACGUCUUUUAACAGAGAUCCCAUCAGUUGUUAGGUCCUAUGGUAAGGAACAGAUCCUUGCUAUGAAGCAACAAACACUGUUCCUUUGGGAGGCUUAUUUCUCAUCUAUAGAGAAGAUCUUGUUCACCACUUUAGAGGUAAUCCGUACUCGGUUAUUUCCAAACAAGGCUGCCCUAAAGCCAUUGUGGAACACAUUUCCAGGGGCCCUUGUAAUGAGGCCUCAGUAUUCUAUGGAUCCAAAUGACUUUCCAUUUUUUUACAACAAACUGGGAAUUGUAGAAGAGAAAUUCACGGCAGUUAUACACAGCACAACAUCUGUCCUGAAGGACUCUUCAGCUCUCAGUAGGUUAAUCAAGAAUGUUGGGCAAUCCAGGUUCAUUGCCAAGAUUGUAGUUUUUUGGACAGCUGAUGCUCCCAUUGCUCAAAACAGAAGAUGGCCACAAGUCAGUGUUCCUUUGGUGAUUGUGAGACCAGAAUCCAAGACAGGAAACAGUCGUUUUUUACCCAGACCAAUGAUUGAAACAUCUGCAGUGUUAUCCUUAGAUGAGGAUAUCAAAUUAAAUUCUGAUGAGAUUGAUUUUGCCUUUUCAACGUGGAAGAUGUUUCCAGAUCGAAUUGUGGGUUUUCCUGCCAGAAGUCAUUACUGGGACAGUGCUAAAUCACAAUGGAGCUAUUCAUCAACUAUGAGUAAUCACUUUUCCAUUAUUCUGACCAGUGGAGCUUUCUAUCACAGAUACUACAAUUACCAGUACACACAUCAUCUUCCACCGAGGGUUCAUCGCAUGGUAGAACACCAUGGCACAUGCGAGGAUCUUGCCAUGAAUUUCUUAGUCGCUGACAUCACCCGAAAACCACCCAUCAAAAUCUUGCCACAGAAAACAUUCUAUGACUUGAAUAGCAGAAGUGCCAGGUAUUCCAAGCUGGUGCAGCUUUUUGAUCAACGGCAGAGAUGUAUGGAGUCCUUAGUGGAUAUUUUUGGUUACAUGCCCUUGGUCAAGUCACAAAUUAGAAUGGAUCCUUUACUUUACAAGGAUCCAGUUUCAAAUUUACGCAAAAAGUACAGGCUGUUGGAGCAAUAAUCAUUAUUGUCAAAAGAUCAUAUAUAAGUUUAUCUCUACAACUAAAGAGGGUUUCUAAAACUUUAUUUCUUACUGCAGUUUGGGAUUCCAAAGAAUAACCUAUUUAUUUGAAAAUUAUCUCCAAAUGUGCUAAAAUUUGAUAAUGGAUGCCACCAUUUUGAAAAGAGGUUUGCAAACUCUCAGCACAGGUUAAACCACAACAUGUUAAUCAAAAUCACUCUGAUUUCUCGUAAAAAGUGAGAACAGAAACAAAAAGAAAACCUUAUCUGGUAAGUUAAGAUUGUGGUCUUGUGGGUAGCUCCUUAUUGUUGGAACAAAUUACCAUGAGAUUGAACAAAGAAGAGUUACAAUUUGUUAUUAUGGAGAUAAGAUUGCUAAGCAAGAUUCAAAAUUACAGAAACCAUACUCAAAUUUUAAGCCAAUUGAGGACAAUUUUCCAAAGUUAAGCCACUCUCUGAAAUCUUAAUACUCAGUCUGUGUUUUCAAUUCACAUGACUCACGCAAUGCAUUUUAAUUGCAAAGUUAAAAGUGGGUAUGCAUGCUGUCUGGCCGUAUCAUCAUAUGGCCUUUUUUUUAAUUUUGAGAGAGCAAAUGCCCUACUAACUUAAAAAAAAAAAAAAAAUCGGUGUUAAUGGCCAAUCAUGCAUGUACCUCAAUUGGUGAAUUUGGCCAAGUGUUUCUAAUCCUUUACCUGCCUUGAGUGACCAAGGCAGAAUUUCUCCUUACAAUAUCAAUACAAUACCAGGCACACAAGUGAUGAGAAUUAAGAAAAUAUAAGUUAGGGGAUUUUAGGUUGAUCCGAUACCUAAUUCUCCAAACUAACAUUGCAAGAACUGUAUGGCAGACAGUAAGGAGAUUCACUAAUGAGAUCUUGGUGGUGAAGGGUAAUCAUUUUUGUUCUGGGUUCAAUCAAGGUAUGAGGAACAGAUAACAUAAUGGUAAGAUUCCACACCUGAAAAGCAAGAUCAAAUCUUGAGUUUUCAGGACCAUGGUGGAAGGGUGUACUCCAUUAUAUUGGAGUUGGCUUGUAAGCACACUAAUUUUAGCAGGCCAGCUUCAAGGUGUUGGUUGCACAGGGACACUGCCCUCUUAAAAACAAAUCAUCUAGAAUUAUAACUCUAUCAUAACUUAGCUUGCACAAAGAACAAUUAAACUAAGUGGUUAAGUUCUUCAAGGGUUAAAAUACCAUCUCAAGAACAGUGAUAUGAUAUCAAGGUGCAAAUAGUUAAGGUCACUGACAAGUGAAAAAUGAAAUUUUGUUUAAACAAAUUUUAGUCGUAAUUUUUUUAAUUUUCAAUUUUUUCUAAAAACAGUUGCACCUGUUAAUUAAUUUAAAAUUAUUAACACGCGGAAAGACACCCAAGAACUAAUUACAAAGUAAAGAAAACUAGGAAAUUCAAAGGAAUCAUUCGUGUGUCCUUGUUGUAUUAGUUUGAUGUUCUUGAGGCAAGGCUGAUUAAUCUGUUCAUUUUGAUUACGUUAAUGUGUACAUUAAUUUGUCUUAACCACGUAAAGACAUAUUCACAAUGUAUAGACUUCCAAUCCUUGUAUAUAUUUCCCCAAAUAGUUAGUGUUUUUAGGUUGAAAAUUGUUAACAGAUUCAAGUUUGUCAUUGAGGGAUUUCUGCCAAGAAUUUAUUAAGUUGAGAGUAUUUAAAUGGUUCAAUUUAUUUAGGUGUAUUUCUGGAAAUUUUUCUAAAAAAAAAAGGAAAAAUAUACCACGUUUGUUUCAUUUUAGAUACUAGAUCAUGUUUACCACAGCCGCAAGCCCUUACAAUAAUUGCUCAGGAUAUUUGACCAGUUUGAAUCUCUAGUUCUCUAUGGAAAUUAUUUUCCAGCCCUCUGGAAACUUUUUGCAUUUUGAUGAUUGUUUCAGAAUUACUGAAAAUGAUGUACUCUAGUCUUUUUGGAUUGUUUGUUUUCUUUUUUCUAACAAUUUUACUGAUUCUCGUCUCCGAAAUUUAUAACAGUUCCAUACAUUCACGUUAAUAUGUCCACAACAAAAAAUGUUUAUUGUUAAAAGAAAAGUUAUACAUUUAUGAAUUCCAAAAUAAAGUAAUACAAUUUCUUUGAUGGUUUUACCACACCAUGUCAUAAAUAAUGUCAUGAAGCAGAGGAAAAAAAAGGUAUUUUUGAAAGCCUGUCUUAUUUUUCAUAUAUUCUGUCAUUUUGAUACGUUUUAGGAAUAGCCAAGGAAGCUUUGUUGAAUCAGUAAACGGUAAACAGAGAUCUUCAAAGAAGUGCGCUAGAGGUAUCUGUUGAUUUGUUUGCCCGUUUAUCAAACUUACUUGGCUAUCCUCCAAUAACGGUCAGUGUUGGUAAGCUUAAUAUCACAGGAACCUUAGUAAAAUUGGUUCAGAAGUUAUGUAUUAUAGUUCAAGAUUGAAUAAAUCUAUUUCUGAGA